AUGGAGCAGACGAUAGCUCUCAAACCUAAACCCAAGGCCUCUGCCUCUGCCUCUGCCUCCUCUUCUUCUUCCUCUAGUGGUGGCGGUGUGCAACCCCCUCGCGUCGGCGACCCGUCAGCAUCUCAGAUCGUCUCGGUCCCGGCCAACAACAAGCCACGGAUCCCGAAUGCCAAUGUGGCUGUCCUUGACAUUGCAGAUCGCUCGGGGCAAAAUGCCGCUAAUAAGAAGCCAAAGACCAAGUCUUUCAAGACACGUACUGGUUGUAAAGAGUGCAAACGCCGGAAAGUGAAAUGUGAUGAGGGUAAACCAAUCUGUAACCGGUGCAAGGCCGUCGGUCUAACAUGUCAUUUCCCGCUGAGCCAAUCCGUCAGCUUCAACACCACAGCUACGGCCGUGACAACAGCAGCACCCCAGUCCGACACCCGCAUCCUAGCCAAGCCAACCUACAUCCUCUCGCUCUUCAAAGACCAGACGCAAUAUGACAUGUUCUCCACUUUUCUCUGGUCCAACGAGCAGGGCACCACCCUCCCUCACAACACCUUGGCUACCAUCACGCCUCAGCUGGCCCACGAGGAUGCCGCUGUCCGUGAGACGUGCUGUGCCCUAGGCGGUGCAGUCAACGCCUUCACGCAGCCAACCAUUGACUCUGUAGCUGCUGAUAAGGCGCAUCAGCUGUCUCUCCAGUACUAUACACGUACUGUGCGUGCUGUAACGACUGCUACCUCUACGUUGCGUGCGCUGCGUAGUGUUACUCACGUGGCUCUUGUUUUCCUCACCUACGAUAUCCUCCGCGGGGACAUGCACGCUGCUGUUCUGCACCACGACCACGCAGCUCGUCUUUUUGAAGCAUAUCUCAGUAAACGAAGUGCCCAAGAAGGUGUAUCUCUAUCAGAUUUAGUAUUUGAUGAUUAUGAGAAUGCCCUGUUUGACAUGAUACAGCGGUUGAGUACCUACCCGUGGGCCCUGAGACUAGGUAUCACCGGGGACACGGAUGAGUUCCUAGCCGCGAAGCGAUGUCUGGGAAGACACAGGUACUCCAUAGACAAAAUGCCCUCUUCAUUUCACGAUUUGGAUCAAGCGUUGAGAUGGUGGGAUGUCGCACAGCACCACCUAGCUCAUCAUCUCUUUGACGACGAUAAAGAGACGACAAAAGCCACAUGGGAGAGAGCUUUCUCGGUUCUUUCAAGCUGGCACAACGGUUUCGUGCUGCUAUACCGCUACACGCAGCAGCGCAAAAAUGAGGAGCCGCACAGUUACGUGACAGCCAGUGUCUUUGAAGCACUGUACCUGGAGUGUCUGUCAAGUCUCCACUUACAGCUCAACACGGAUGCAAAGGUGUUACCCGACGCGAAGCCCGUGUACCGUGAGAUCAUCGCCACGACGCACCGUAUCCUCGGCGAGCUAAAAGGACCGCAAGCAAACUUCCGCUUCAUGGACAACAACGUGAUGAAGCCGCUGUUUGUUGUUCUCUUCAAGUGCAGCGAUCCUGAGAUCAGAGAGGGUGUCAAACAAGUGCUGCAGCAUGGUGUUGCCAGGUUUGGAAGUGCGUGCCUUGCUGGGAUUGUACUGGGCAUGAUGCAUAUGAAGAGCGAGCACGUUCCGCAGAUAUUGAGGAAUGUUGAGAGAGCGGUUGGUUGGCAUUUGACAUCUGUUGGAUGCGGACCUGGAGUGAUAACAACUGUUUAA